UUUUCUUUUCAUGGAGCAAUUAAUUUCUAAAUAUAUUAAGAUUUUACAUUCCCUGAAAGUUCUACAACACCUAGGCAUCUACGACAGAGUCCAAUAUGGAGCCAACUGCUUCCCUCCAUUAUUUUUUAUUUCCCUCCACCAUUAUUUUUCGUUUCCCUCGUAUUUUAGAAACCGCUUCUUUGCUGAUUUGAUAUAAACCGUUCUGAAACUUACUUAGCCUUUUAUUUAUUGAAACUGCUGUCUUUCCAGAGCUGUUCAUCUAUGUUCAAGAAUCAGGACAGUCAGCACCAUGCCAAAGGUUAAACGUUUCCAGAAUCCAUUAAAGUCGCCUCAAGGAUCACAUGAUGCUCAUGGAAGUUCUUCAUCAUCAACAACUCCAGCCCGUUCACAUGCUAUAGAGCCCUCAACAUUGUUACAAGCCCCCCCACCUGCUCCAGCAAAUUCUUCACUAGCUGAUGAAGUCCUACCACAACAAGAAGCUCCAACUCAGCCUUCUAAUCCACGUGCAACAGUUGCACGCCUUGGACGGGCAUCUACGCAAUAUUGGAGAGUAGAGGCAAUAGACUCAAACAACGUUACCAAGAUGAUAAAUGUCAAGGCCAAUGAGGUCAACAACCUGCCUACGGGGGAACGCAUCAUUGUGAACUUUGAUUACUACGGUGCAGCAUAUGGGGAAGCGCAAGGAUUGCUUGCCGGAUAUUGUGGAUUAUUGGCCAUUGAUGGCAAUUUGUUUCCAAUUAAUUUUGACAGGUGGUCAGGGCCAUCGGGUCUUCCUAAAAAAUACAUGGAAGACUGCUUUGAAACACUCCUAAAGCCUCGAUUCUUUUUUAGGACUACUGAUGCCAUUUCAUACAGAUAUUGCAACUGUAGUUUAAAUAAAAAGUGGGCUACACAUAGACAAAGGCUGUGGGAAGAAUUUUAUGACCCAGCCAAGUGCAGAAAUGAAAUUUUAAGAAAUGUGCCAGUGGGUAUAUAUAGAGAUCAGUGGGCUGGAUUUGUUGCUUAUCGUCUAAAAGAAGAAACAAUUGAGCUUUGUCGAAGAAAUAAAGAAAUUCGACGCAAGCAAAAAAUUCCUCACACCGGUGGUUCAAAAGCUAACUCGAGAAGACGACAUGAGCUGUUGUUGGAAACUGGACAAAAUCCUAGUCGAGGAAAAAUGUUUAUCGAAACUCAUAAGAGAAAGGAUGGUUCAUUUGUCAAUGACGAGGCAAGGACUAUAGUGGAACAAAUUCAACUGAAUCAAGGCAGUGAGUCUGAAAUUUCUGCAAAUGAUAAUAUCGGCAAGGUGUUAGGGGCAGAGCACUCUGGGAGGGUACGAUGUAUGGGUAUGGGAGCAACUCCUUCAAAUACAUUCAAUAAUUUCAAGCGACGACUUAAUGGUCUGAACACUUCUACAUCUAGCUUUGAUGCGUCAUCUGCAACUUCUACCUAUUUGCAUCAAAAGGUCGCGCGUUUGGAGUCCCAAUUAGAAGGAACCUUGACUGCACUGAAGGAUUACAUGAUAUCAAAGGAAGGAGGGGUUCCUGAAGAAUUUGUUGAUCUGUUUGCUCCUCAACCACAGCCUAGCGAUGAUGAUGGGAGUGAACCUACUUCUCCGGCGAAUAUAAGAGGAUCAUCGGGUGACAUCAAUGGAAAUGAUCAAGCAAAUACUUAGAAUUUAUCUAUUUCAGCGUGGCAAGACUUUUGCUUCUAUGAAUUUAACGUAGUAAUGUUUAGCAGACAUUAGUUUAUAUUACUUCAGUUUGUUAUGUAGUACUUGAAUUUGUGACUUUUGCUAUUAUGGAUAUUUUUAUGAAUUAUGAUUUAUGUUA